AGAUUUCAUCUGGGGCGCCAACUAAAAGUGAAAAAAAAAAACCCUACUAUACACACAGAAAAAAAGAGUCAAAGGAGAAACACUGCCAUUUCAUUUCAGAGAGUUCUUUCUUCUUCCGCUCUUAUACUAAUAAUAAUCUGUCGCUCAGAUCAGAUCUGCUCAUUCCCUCAAGACUAUUUCUUCCUGUCAUUUUGUAUACUUGUUUAGUCUGUAUAUAUGGGUAUGCAUAUCAAUGUGCAUGUUUGAUCAAUCAAAAGUGGAAGAAAAAUGGAGUAUUGGUGCAAAAUGGGGUCUCAUUCUUUCAGGGUUUUGUGGUUUGUGGGGUUUUGCUUCUGAAAGAGGAUAUUUUUAUUGGCUUCGUCUUCGUUACACUCCAAAACCAGACCCAAAACAUUCUGAAGAAUAAGAGUGGGGUGGUUGGAAUAAAAUGGGGAUCAUCCUUUCUGGGUUUUGCGGUUUCUGAGGUUUUGGUUCUGAAAAAGGAGAAUUUUUUUUCGGCUUUAAUCUUGAUUACCACAAAACCCAGUAGUGUUUUCUGAAUAGAAAUGUCAGAAACGAGGGUCGGUGAUCCAAGCAAGCUCCACUUGAAGAGGGAGCUCACUCAAAUCCGAAAAGCGGCGCGGGUUUUACGCGAUCCAGGUACAAGUUCCUCUUGGAAAUCCCCUCUCAAUUCCUCAAGAUCUGUAGCACCAGCUGCUGCUGCUUCAACUUGGAAGAACUUGUUACAGUCUGAUCAGUUCCAAAAUAACAAUGGGAAGGACAAGGAGAAGAGGGUGUUCCUGUACAAUUGGAAGAGCCACAAAUCCUCAAGCGAGAAGAGCGCAGCAAAGGCCAAGAAUGAGGAUGAUGACGAUGACGAUGACGGUGAUGAUGGAUCUUCUUCUUCAGCUCUCGGGGGGAGUGUUGAUGAUAGCCUGAGCGAUGCGCGUAAUGGUGGGGAUUCAAAAAGCGAAAGCCGUUCUUCCAUUUUCAGAUGUAGGGAUGCAAAUCCUGUGUCAUCGGCCAAUAUUAAGAAGAAGAAGAAGAAGAAGAGUAAGAAAUCUAAUGCCCAUUUGGAUGUUUUAUCAAAAUAUCAACAUAAACAUUCUAUUGUUGGUAGGAACUUAGUUAAUUCGAAACGGUUGUUCCAGGGUCAUCCUUCUAUGGCAUUAAGCCGGGAUGACUCGGUCGAGCAAUCUGAUGAUACUGAAGAGUAUAGUAAUUCCGAGGAGUUUAGGCGAAUUUCGGGGGCAUCUCCAUUGCUUUUGAAACUUAAGCAUAAGAACAAUUGGUCUCACUCGUCGGCUAGUUUUUUGAGAAAAAGUAGUCUAAGAGAGGAUUCUUCUUAUUCAUAUAGUACACCGGCAUUGUCAACUAGUUCUUAUAAUAUGUAUCGUAAUCGAGACCCGAGUACUGUUGGGUCUUGGGAUGGCACUACAACUUCAAUCAAUGAUGGGGAUGAUGAGGUGGAUGAUCAUUUGGAUUUGCCGGGUCGCCAGGGAUGUGGUAUUCCUUGUUAUUGGUCCAAGAGGACACCCAAACAUCGCGGUGUCUGUAGGGGUUGUUACUCUCCUUCACUAUCCGAUACUAUAAGGAGGAAAGGGAGCAUCAUCUUGUGUGGAAGUCAAGCUAUGUAUCCUAGACGACGCCGACGAUCAUCAGCUGCAAGUUCCAACAAGCUGAGUAUUGCUUCGAGAAGUGCUCAAGGCGUUCUCCCAUUGCUUGGGGAUGGUGGUAGAGGAGGCUCAUCUAUAGGAACUGGGAGGAGCGAUGAUGAACUCUCUACUAACUUUGGCGAGCUUGAUUUGGAGGCUUUGAGUAGAUUGGAUGGAAGGAGGUGGUCAUCCAGCUGUAGGAGUCAUGAAGGAUUAGAGAUUGUAGCUCUUAAUGGGGAAGUGGAAGAGGAAGGCACGCCGGACAAUAUCGGGAGUUUUAGCCAGAAGUAUAAACCAAUGUUCUUUGGUGAAUUGAUUGGGCAAAAUAUUGUGGUCCAGUCACUUAUAAAUGCCACUAUUAGGGGUCGGAUUGCCCCUGUUUAUCUUUUCCAAGGUCCCCGUGGAACUGGAAAAACAUCAACAGCCAGAAUUUUUGCUUCUGCCUUGAAUUGUCUGGCUCCUGAUGAAACCAAGCCAUGUGGGUACUGCAGGGAAUGUACCGAUUUCAUCUCUGGAAAGAGUAGGGAUCUAUUGGAAGUUGAUGGAACCAAUAAGAAAGGAAUCGAUAGAGUUAGGUAUCUAUUGAAGAAGCUAUCGGUAGGGUCCUCUUCAACCUUCUCACGAUACAAGGUUUUUGUUAUUGAUGAGUGUCAUUUGUUACCCUCUAAGACAUGGCUGGCAUUUCUCAAAUUUCUUGAAGAACCACCACAGCGAGUUGUGUUCAUACUAAUAACAACAGAUCUUGACAAUGUGCCCCGUACCAUACAAUCACGGUGUCAGAAGUACCUUUUUAAUAAAAUCAAAGACAACGAUAUCGUAGCCAGGUUGCGGAAUAUUUCUGCUAAUGAGAACCUGGAUGUUGAAUCGGAUGCAUUAGAUCUGAUUGCUCUGAAUGCAGAUGGUUCACUUCGAGACGCAGAAACUAUGUUAGAACAGUUGAGUUUACUGGGAAAAAGAAUUACUACAUCUCUUGUAAAUGAACUUGUGGGAGUUGUUUCAGAUGAAAAAUUACUGGAACUUUUGGAGUUGGCAAUGUCGUCAGACACUGCAGAAACGGUGAAAAGAGCCAGAGAGUUGAUGGACUCUGGGGUUGAUCCACUGGUUUUGAUGUCUCAACUGGCCAGUCUCAUUAUGGAUAUCAUUGCUGGAACUUACAACAUAGUUGAUGCCAAAGGCGGUGAUUCAUUACUUGGUGGACGAAGUUUGACUGAAGCAGAAUUGGAGAGAUUAAAGCAUGCUUUGAGGCUUCUUUCAGAGGCUGAGAAACAGCUAAGGGUUUCAAGUGAACGCUCAACAUGGUUCACAGCAACUCUAUUACAGCUUGGUUCGAUUCCUUCUACAGACUUUACUCACUCUGGCAGCAGCUGGAGGCAGAGCUGUAAGACAACAGAGGACGACCCAUCUAGUGCUUCAAGAGAAGUUGCUGCUUGCAAGCAGAAAUCAGAUGCUCAAUAUAUACCUCGAAAACCAACUUCUCCUGCUUCCUUGCGCAAAGCAAUAAGUGCCAAUCCCAGCCAUCUAGGGGAACUAUUGUCACGGGUUGAUGUUUUCAGUUCCGAUUCCAAGCAGUCACAAAGCCAGUCUGUCGAUGGCGGUUCCUUGGCAGCCUCAUGUAAUGAUGUUAUGGUUGGAAAUAUGAUGUUUAAAUGCAUAAACUCAGAAAAGUUGGAUGAUGUCUGGGCACAUUGUAUUGAGAGGUGCCAUUCAAAGACACUGAGGCAGCUGCUGGAUGCUCAUGGAAAGCUUGUGUCUAUCUCUGAAGUUGAAGGUUUUCUUGUUGCUUUUAUUGCAUUUGGAGAUGCAGAUAUUAAAUCUAGAGCAGAAAGGUUUUUGAGCAGUAUCACAAACGCAAUGGAAAUGGUUCUGAGAUGCAGUGUAGAGGUUAGAAUCAUCCUUUUGCCAGAUAGCGAGGCUUCUAUAAAUGGUGUGAAGCUGGUUGAGUUACCAGAAGGUCUGAAGAAGGCAGAAACAGCUGUAGCAACUGACUGGGAAAAGAAGGCAGUUCACAAAAACACAAUAAAUGGUUUUUCUAAUUGUUCUCGAUUGCUUGAUGAAACCUAUCGAUCUACCUCUGGUUCAUCAGACUUAAUGGCUGAUGGAAAUGUUCAAACCAGUGAUAUGAGAGAGAGAAGACAGGAGAUUCCAAUGCAGAGAAUAGAGUCCAUUAUUCGUGAGCAAAGGCUAGAAACUGCCUGGUUGCAGACUGCAGAAAAAGGCACACCCGGAUCAUUGAGUCGUUUGAAACCGGAGAAGAAUCAAGUCCUGCCUCAAGAUGGCAUUUAUUGUCAAGAUCAGAUGGAGUCCUUGAACACAACGGCGUACUCCUCUCAGCAUUGGGAAGAUGAAUUAAAUCAUGAACUCAAAGUUUUGAAGAUUAACAAUGGAAGUGUCCUCCAGAAGGACCAAAAUGGUCGAAGGCUUGAUCGUUUUCCCAUGUCCCCAAGUUUUUUGCAUGAUAAAAGUUUAGUGGGAAAUUCCAAUAAAGAUAACCGGGGAUAUGAAUCAGGGUCAGGAACUGGAGGUUGUAGUGGACUUUUCUGUUGGAAUAACACCAAACCUCAUAAGAGGGAAAGGGUUAAAGGGACCUCAGCUCGACCACACAAAGGUGGACGGUUUUCAUUGUUUGGUGAUUGCAGUAGGCCAAAGAAAACAGAGAGCAGAUCUAGAAGUUAAAUGGGAGAAUUCAUAUUUUGUAUUUUCUGAUAUACUCUUGGUUUUCACUCCAUAUUUUUCUGUAUUUAGUUCUACAGUUGAGCCAUUCUUCAAGGAUGGGAGCGAGAAGGAAACAUGGUAUGUAAAGGUUAUGUGGUUGGCUUCUGCAUUUUCUUAGCUCCAUCCUGAUACUAUGCGAUCAAUAAAGGAAAGGGGCAUUGGAUGUGAAGUUAUUACUCUUGUUUCGCCCUUUUUGGUCUGCUGCUCAGUUCUAGUUGCAGAUGUUAAGUUAUCAUUCAAAGUGGGAGUGUCACUUGCUAAAUCCAGUGGUAAUUGACUUAUUGAAUAAUGAGUAGCUGAUUUUUAUAAUUAUUUUUAUGGGACACAGGGUGGGGAGAAUUGUAACAUGUAUUCUAAAGCCCUCUUAGGCUUCGGAGAAAAUCAUACAAGGUGAGGAGAUUGGUCU